AUGAUCUUGUGGAACAUAACAAGAAAGAUCAAGACUCAUUGCAUUCGAUCGCUCCAAACGAAGAAAGCUACGAAGACGCACCUUCAUAAUAUUGUGAAUAGGAGCGGCAAUUAUCAAGAAACCAUUGCAUUUGAUGAUUUAGAUAUGAUAGUAAUAUACCAGUGUAAUCUACUAUUUUGA